AUGGCAGAGCAUGCCCCCAGAACGGCGCCCUUCUACGCCAUCCCUAAUCGACGCAUCGUCAGUGUGGAGCAUCCUGCCAUUGUCCAAAAUGUGGACAAAGCCAUUGAGACACUGCAGGGGAACCAGGGCAUUUACCAAAUCCUCAACCCACUUAAAUCCGACACUCCAGCCAACCUGCGCCUCCGACCAGAGGACCCCUUUUCACGCCCCGUGCAGUCCAUCAGCACACCGUCCAACAAUGUGCUGCUCAAGGUGACAGUUCCCAAGCGCACAGGUCGCAGGCGCAAGCGCGGCUCCAACGAGCCCUUCACGGCACCCGCCGUCGGGACAACGUCGCAGCGUCCCUGCGCAAAGGAGCUCCUCCGCACCCUGCGCGACAACGUCGGGCAGUACCAGGUCGAGGCGGUGGGCAGUGUCACCCGGACGCACGUCUUUCGCGCCAUGCCGGACUUUGCCUUUUCGCUGAGCUCGAGCCCGUUUGCGCAGCGCUUCCGCGAGCAGAUCCUCUCUUUUGACCAAACAGUGGACAAAAUGAAACAAUUCGACCUCGACAUGUCUAAAGGCACUACAACCAACGCCGAUAUCAUCCCGCCGCCCUUCUUCAGCGAUGGUGACAUCCCCUUCAGCUACAUGUACCGCCAAAACCCCACCGUCAAGCAAUCCAUCGACACCACAGGCAAAGUCACCACGAUCAACACGCAGCAAGCUGUGCGCAUCCGCACGUACCUGGUGCCGUACGACAUAUCCCAAGUCCCAACCCACCCCCGCGAGAACUGCCCACCCCUCGCAGAGCAGGAACAAACCGUCAAAGACACCGUGGCGACCAUCGAGGCGCUGUUCACCCAACGGCCGGCCUGGACACGCCGGGCGCUGCGCAACGCCCUCCCCACGCUCGAACAGCGCUACGCACUGCGCAUGGCCAUUCCCUACGUGGGCUACAUCUUCCGCUCGGGGCCCUGGCGCGACGCCAUCGUCAAGUUCGGGCACGACCCGCGCGUCGACCCAGCCUACCGCGUCUUCCAGACCGUCAUGUUCCGCGGCAACCGCGUCGACUUUGAUUCGGUCGGCCGCCGCGCCCGCCGCAACCAGCGCCCCGCCGCGUCCCCCGACGCCGCCGACGACCGCGAGCCCGCCGUCCUCGAUCCCUCCGCCACCCUCACCACGGACUCGCACAUUUUCACCGGCCAGCCGCCGUUGCCGCGCGACGGCCGCAUGUGGAUGUUCUGCGACAUCGCCGACCCGCUGCUGCAGAGCAUUGUGCGGCUGGACGCGGCUGCGCCGCCGCCGGGCUUCCUGCGGGAGACGUGCGAUACCGUCUCGGACGGGUGGUUCGGCAGCGGCACACUGGCCAAGCUGAAGACGAUCAUGCGGCACAAGAUCCUAGCGAACGAGGACGGCCGCGUGCCGGACGAUGCGGACUUUGUGCGCCUGCUGGACCUGCCGGACCAUGCGGACCCGGAGAACUUCCUGGCUGAGUUCUCGCUCGAUCCGGCCGUCGCGACGUCGCAGGAGUUGAUGCUGGCCACGGAGGUCCGGUCGGUGAUCAAAGGGACGGCGUCGUGGCGGGAGAAGAACGCCGCGGCGGCGGGGGAGAAGUCGGCGAAGGGGAAGGAGAGGCGCGUGCAGUGGGAGGAUGAGGGGGCCGACGAGGGAGAGGGCGAGGGCGAGGAGAGCGAGGGCGAAGAAGAGGAGCUGGAACAGGAGGAGAUCCUGGAGGCGGCUGUCGAUGCGAUGGAGGCUGCGGAGGAGUCUACGGCGGAGUAG